CAAUUUGUAUUCUGUGUGUGAUCUCUAGAAAGAAAAGUAAGAAUGGGCGACGAAGAAGAAGAGGAGGUGGUGGCUGAAGUUGAAGCCAUGGAAGCCGUAUACGGAACCGAUUGCCUCCUUCUUCAUUCCUUCCCUCCUCAUUUCCACCUCUCCCUCAAACCCAGAACCGCUGAUGUCUCCUCCGAACAGUUUGUAGAAGUUAUUCUAGACGUACGAGCAAGCCCACAGUAUCCGAAAGAACCACCUUGUGUUGAUCUUGUGGAUUGCAAGGGUCUGGAUGAACAGAGACAAAAGCAUCUAUUAAAUUACAUACAAAGUAAAGCCUGUGAGCUGUCUCCUGGUUUAAUACUCGUAGCUCUUUGUGAGGAAGCAGUUGCGAAACUCUCAAGUAUGAAUCAUCCUGAUGGUGAUUGUCCAUUGUGUUUGUUCCCUUUGGUCCCAGACGAUCGCCAAAGUGAAACCUUGCCGUUUAUGAAAUUAAUGUCUUGCUUUCAUUGUUUUCACAGUGAAUGUAUCGGUAGGUGGUGGAAUUGGCUUCAAAUUUCUAAACAAACAGGCUCUUCCAGUUCAGAUACUGCUACUGCACGUCCUAACAAAGAUAGCUACAAAAAAUUGGAUGACGGUGUUGGAAAUUGCCCAGUCUGUCGCAAGCCUUUUCAUGCCAAGGAUUUGGAUCAUGUGCUGGACUUAGUUGGCUCACAUCCUUCCCAAUCGGAUAUGGAUAAUGAUGAUAAAGUCGAUGAUGAGGAAAAGCUCCUUCAAUCUGAGUAUGAGAUCAUUAGGAGACAGAAAUUUGAAGCUAUUCUAAAUAUACAGAAGGAGAAAAGUGGUUUGAUUGAACCCAAAAGAGAUUUAGUAAUUACGCCUGGUAUGUAUCUUCCACAACCAGUUGCAGCGCCGAGCUCCACAUCGACCAAGGAAUCUGAUGAGCAGCAAGAGAGAGAUCCACCUGCAGUUGUGUCAGGAAGACAUGACAGUGGGACCUCAAAUAGGCCAAGUUCUAGUGGGAACAUGAAUUAUGAUGCAAGGAGGCAGAGGGGAAGAAGUUAUCACAACUCAAGUUCAACUAUAAGACAACCAGUUGCAGCGCCGAGCUCCGCGUCGACCAAGGAAUCUGAUGAUCGGCAAGAAAGAGAUCCACCUGCAGUUGUGUCAGGAAAACAUGGCAGUGGGGCCUCAAAUGGGUCUAGUUCUAGUGGGAACAGGAAUUACGGUGGAAGGGGGCAGAGAGCAAGAAGUUAUCACAACUCUAGUUCAACUGUAAGACAUCCUCCAAGAAAACCAGUCCAACAGUGGGCUAUGAGAGACAAUACUAGCAGUAAGCAAUAGAAGUGACAUGUCUCUCACUGCUAUUGGUCAUAUAUAUAUAUAUAUAUAUAUAUAUAUAUAUAUAUAUAUAUAUAUAUAUUUCAUCAAUGUUUAGAAGGUGCACAACAAGAUACACAAAUUGGCAGUAAAAGACUUAAAUAGGUACAUCUCUCCCCUCCUCUUUUUUUUGUUGGGGAGGUAUUGAAGAAUAGGGGACAAAGAAAAGGAAUGACAUGCACAUGGUUCUUACUUCUUACGUUAUCUGUAGUAUCCUGUGCUUUUUUGGUUGUCAUCCUGAAGUUGUGAAUUGAUAUUCUCAAUUAGAUGUACGUCUUCUACUUUAUCAUCGCAUUGGCUCUUAGCUCGGUGAAUUCCUGUAAUUUGAAGUAAAAGCUAUAUGGUUAUUCUUGGCAAGAUUUACUAAUUGCCCAAACAUCAUAGUUGUAAUUGAAUAUGGGGCGUGGCUAUUCACACCACUCACAUUUGUUAUUUGUAUCACCCUUUCACUUUUGAGAUUCUGAAAUUA